ACUUUUGGAUCAAGACGAGGGUGAAAUCUCGAUCCAGGAAUACUGAAAAUUAAGUGGAAUAGAGGGCGUGUUUAGAAGUUUUGAUUUGUAGUGAAAUAAACAGGAAUGAGAUUGAACUAAGUGAUUUAAAUGCUGCAUAAUAUUCUGUAUUGUGUUUAAAGCUCAUUAUAUCAAAGAUUAAAAUGCCAGUGCUUGGAAUUGGAGAUCUUCCACCAGAGUUGACAUCUCGUCCAUUAGCUUUAGUUGCAUUAUUAGGAUUAGAUAUAGUUAAUAAUCCUGUUCAUGCUUCAAUUUGGGAAUCAUUUCAUUUGAACAGAUUACCAGACAGAGCUCCAAUAAAUUUUAAACUUCUGCAAGAAGGACAUCAGUUUCCAAUAGCUAAACCUAAGCGCACUUCUUACGAAAGACAUGUCCCCAAAGGUCUUCUUAAAACUGGUUGGCUUUCUAAACAUUUAAAUGAAAUUCCUGCCGUGGCUGUGCUGUUUUAUAAACUUGAUUGGGAUGAUCCAAAUUGGACUGAAAAGAGAACUGAAUGUGCAACAAAAUUGGAAUUAUUAAGAUCAUCAUUACAGGGAAGAAAUACUAAAGUUGUAUUGGCCUUAAUUCAGAAAACAGCACCACUUCCUGGAGGAGAUGAUGUAAUUGCUGCAGAAAGAGCAGCAACAUUAUUUAGUGCCUGUGAUUUAUCAGCAAAAUCUCUUUUUGUUUUACCACUUUCUGAUCAUCUUUUUGGAUAUACUUUAAGAUUAGAAAAUGCAUUUUAUGAAUUGGCACAGAGCUAUUAUCAUCAAGAAUCAAGACGUAUCAAAAACCAUAGAGAAUAUUUGAACAAAACUACUCAUCAGCUUUUAUUUGUGAGGCAUCAGUUUAAAAUAGCAUUUCUUUGUGAACUGAAACAAGACAUUACAACUGCAUUGAAACAUUAUAAACAAUCUUAUGCAAAUUUAAUGGAAGUAAGAGCAUCUGAUACUAAUAUGUUAGAAGUCAAGACCAUUGCAGGUUUUAUAAAUUACAAGAUAUGUCACCUCUCUUUUAUGUUAAAUACUCCUUUGGAUUCAAUUUCUCAGUUUCGAAAACAUAUAGAUAUUUUUAAAAGUAAAACUGGUUCUGCUGAUCUUGCAUUUGAACAUAGUGCCUGGUUAUCAAAACAAUUUAGCCAUUUUGGUGAUUUAUUUGAUGAAGCAGUUAAACAAGGAUUGACUCCUAUUCAGAUUCAACAUCCGGGUUUUUAUUAUCAGCAAGCUGCUAAUAAUGCAAUUAAUCGUAAACUACUUUGCCAGAAGUUAUGCAAAGAAGGUAUGGAGCCUCCAGAUCCACAGAAAGAAAUAGAAGGAAUUCAAGCUAUACAAUAUAUAGAAAGUAAACAAGUAGAUCACUCUAAUAUCAUCAUUCCUUUGUUAAGUAGUGCAGUUGCUCAGUUUAAAAAAUAUAGGUGUCCACGUAUGAAAAGGCAAUUAAUGGUACAAAUGGGAGAGGAGUAUUUUUCUUCUAAGGAUUAUUCCAAAGCAUUAACGAAAUUCCCAGAACAUAAUAUCAUCAUUCCUUUGUUAAGUAGUGCAGUUGCUCAGUUUAAAAAAUAUAGGUGUCCACGUAUGAAAAGGCAAUUAAUGGUACAAAUGGGAGAGGAGUAUUUUUCUUCUAAGGAUUAUUCCAAAGCAUUAACCCUUUUCCGACAUGUUUUAUGGGAUUAUAGAGCAGAGAAAUGGAGAACAUUAGUCUCUAGUAUAUUGAACAUGGCUCUCCAUUGUGCUUAUCUGACUGGUGAUUUAGAAGAAUACGUGACUCUUGGCUUAGAAUUUACGGGGAAUUGGAUUCAAGCAAGUUUAGAAGAAAAACUAAUUCAGACAAGUAUUAGUAAUAUUUUAUCGGGUAAAUGCCCAAGGUCGUUUCCUAGUACUGCCGAAGAGGAUAUCAAUUUGGCAGAUAAACUGUGGCAGACGGCAUUAGCAGAAUCAAAUUUUCCUCAUAUUUUUCCUAUUCAAAUGAGUUCUAUUAUUCCUUUUAUGGAAUGUAAAGUUGGGUUUAUAUCAAGAACAUUUUCAGCAGAUGAAAGAAUUACUGUCAAAGUUUAUUUAAGCCAUAAAAUAUCAUCAGUUGCAUUACAGUUGGGUUCUGAAAGCAGCAUCUGUGCUAUUCUCCAGUGGACUAUAGGAAAUGCAGAUAAUCCAAGUUCAUUUCUACCUUGGAGUGAGGAGUUAUUCAAAGAGGAUAUUAAUUUACAACAUUUGAUAUCAUCAGUUGCAUUACAGUUGGGUUCUGAAAGCAGCAUCUGUGCUAUUCUCCAGUGGACUAUAGGAAAUGCAGAUAAUCCAAGUUCAUUUCUACCUUGGACUUUCUUUUAUCAAGAAAGUCAAAAUAAGUCAAAUAAAGAACCUGUUCAAUUUGUAAACAAUAUUCAACUAGGAGAAAUAACACCUUCCCAAAAAAUAUCAUCAGUUGCAUUACAGUUGGGUUCUGAAAGCAGCAUCUGUGCUAUUCUACAGUGUACUGUAGGAAAUGCAGAUAAUCCAAGUUCAUUUCUACCUUGGAGUGAGGAGUUAUUCAAAGAGGAUAUUAAUUUACAACAUUUAGUUAUAUAUAGCAGUACCAGUAUUGUUCCUCGACAUCCAUGUAUACAACUAAGUGUAGAACAUCAACCACCUUCUUUGGUGAAUGAAUUUUAUGCUUUAAGUGUAGAAAUAAUAAACGAAGAACUUAAUCCAAUAAAGAAUGUAGUAUUGACAGUCAACUUGCAUGAUUCUCCAACUGUGUUAACUGAAAAUACUUUCUUUUAUCAAGAAAGUCAAAAUAAGUCAAAUAAAGAACCUGUUCAAUUUGUAAACAAUAUUCAACUAGGAGAAAUAACACCUUCCCAAAAAAUAAAAACUUGUAUAUUUAUGAAAACAAGUGAAGUGGGCAUAAGAAAUGUUAUGUUUAAGGUAAUUUUAUUUUUAUAUUUAUACAUAAUUAAAAUAUAUGUAUAUAUAUUUUAAUCAUCUAAAUUAUUUAGGUGAAUAAAAAUUCAAUUAUCAUCAUCAUAGUUUCUUCUCUAGAUAACAUAUGAUAUUGAAGUUGAGAUUGAUGACCAUACAAAUUUACUUUCUUUAAUAAGAAAGUCCAAUCUUUCAUAUAAUUGUUCAUAUAUGUCCAUUUCUCCACUUAAAACCAUUUUAGUCGAAAGACUUGAAAGUUUCAAAAGUUUUUCUUUGUUUUGGCUUUCUUUAUCAUCUGAUUUGUCUUCUCCAUUUUUUCUUCUCCAUUUAUUCGAUGCCGUCGUAUAUGACGAUUUACCACCCCCCAAUCUGCAAAUG